ACACCGUUUUGGGACAGCUGUGUGGAAAAGUUCGUAUUUAGGAGUCAUAAAAAAAUAACCUGAUCUCCCUAACGUAACUGGUAUUUCCGUCGUUCGUCAAUCAAAUCGCUGCUAAAAACAUGUGUAGUGGUUGUCGGUAGCUGUGUUAUGAGGCUGUAUAGUAUGUUUAGUAAUGUAUUAUCGUACCAAUUUCAUUUCAGGAAAAGCGGAGUUUACAUUUGGUGCUUUUGCUUAAAGUAAAAAGGGAAAUUACGCACUGACAUAGCAUUCGCUCGCUGGAAUAGCGAUCUAUAAACGUUGCCGUAUUUUAAUUGCUGGGUUAAUGUUAAACAUCCUGCUUGUUGUUAUUCAGAUUUAUCUUCUUUCUUGCAAAGAAACGUGCAAUGACAUUCAGCUGCAGCUUGUUAUUGGUAUUAUUAGCUAUCUCGUGAUCGUCGAGCAUUUACAUCUAUUUGACUGAGAAUGGCAGGACAAGGAGCGAACUUUAUUGCAUCUAUAGCCAAAAGAUGUGUUGAGGCAAAUGGGUUUGAAAGACUGCUAAACAAGAUACGCAUAAUAUCUGCUGGUGAGGGAAAAUGUCUGGCAGAAUUCACUGUUGCACAAGAACAUCAGAAUGUGGGUGGUACACUGCAUGGUGGAUUCACAGCAACAUUGGUUGACCAGAUUUCGACAUAUGCUUUAAUGACAUAUGGAAAAGGCGUGCCAGGUGUUUCUGUAAACAUCAAUGUGAGUUAUAUGAAACCAGCAUCAGCGGGUGAAGAAGUCAUUAUAGAUGCACAAACACUGCGUGCUGGAAAGACGUUAGCAUUCCUGGAGGUUGAUCUAAAAAAGAAAGCAACAGGAGAGUUGAUUGCAAAAGGUUCACAUACCAAAUUCAUUGGUUUUUAAUUGUGUUCUUUGCAGUUUAUACACAGGAAGAAGUGUAGGAUGGGGUAUUAGCUUUAAUUAGCUUUUAUUGUUGUUUUUUUUUGUUUUUUUUUUUUGCAUAUAAUUGUCAUGAAACAUGACUGUCAGGGCUAUGUAUGUGUCUGAAAUGUACUGUGAUAUUAUUAUUUCACUCUCUUGUUCCUACAAGCAGUAUUCAGUAAACAAAGGAAAUUAACAUACAUUGCUAAACAAAACUGGUAUGUGGCUAUUUUAUGUAGGAACUUACAAAGAGAGAUCUUUUUAUGUGAUAUAUGUGUACAUAAGUGAAUCUUGUAAGUGAAAUUUGAGCAGCAUAACUUGAUUUUUAAUAUUCAGUUACUGAUGCUCUUAGGUACUGCUUCCACAAAUUUUUUAUGGAAGUUUUUUUUAAUGGAAUUGAUAGGAGUGUCAUCUGUUCAUAGUUGCUUUGAAUUACUGUUGUGA